CAAGAGGAGCAUGCUUCAGAUGGCUGGAGUGAACAAUUCAACUUGUGGAGGAAUGAGAAAUGUUAGUGCUGAGACAAGAAACAUAAAACCCCAGGGUAAGGGCAGUAAAGCCGAGGAGAAUGGCUCCGACAGCUUCGUGCACUCCAUGGACUCACAGCUGGAGCGGCAAAUGGAAACCACCCAGAACCUGCAGGACUCCUACAUGGCCAUUGUCAACAACACCACGUGGGACCUCGUGGUUGGUGUCACGCCCAAGACCGUCAUGCAUGUCAUGAUCAACAACGUGCAUGUACCGCCUCAUGGGGACCAAGGAGUUCAUCUUCUCGGAGCUGCUGUCCAACCUGGCAUCCUGAAAUUGAACUUGCAGGACAACCAGGUGUCCUGUCCCUGUACUCCCGUGGGGACCAGAACACACUGAUGGAGGAGUCAGCAGAGCAGGCACAGCGAUGCGCCGAGAUGCUGCGCAUGCACCACGUGCUGUAGGAGGCGCUCAGCAUCAUCGGCAACAUCAACACGGCCACCAUCAGCACGCCCACGGGGUCUGUGGACAACUCCUGGCUGCAGGUGCCCAGAGUCCUUGCUGGACGCAGGCCUGGUGGCUGUUGCAUUGGGCUCCCCAAGGCGAGAGGUGGCCCCGGACCAGUGGGUUGGAAGACAGGGUGACCAGAGAAGAAGGAAGCCCAAGGAGGCUGAGCACUGGUCUGACCGGUGCAUGUAUUACCUGGGUGCCGUGGAAGAGGCCAGCGUGCGUGGGGUGGGGAGGGCUGCCACAGCCCCCAGGCACUACCUGUGA